CUUGUACGUCAGCUGGCAGUAGCCGAGUUCGAGAGUGAACAGACAGAAAUGGCGGCUCUCUGUCCAGGUGUUCAGUAUGGUUUAUCAUCGCAAGAAAGUUUUGGUGCAAAUAAGGAUUUGAUAUUUGUGAAGCUGACGGAUUCCGCUUUGCGGGCCAUCGAGGAUUUCGUUAGGAAUCAAAAUAAAUUAAAUAAAGCACCGACGAUAAAGUUCCUUGGCAAUGAAGGGCAAUUGUCGUUCCCGUCUCACCACAAUGGUAACAAUUCGUUCAACUUUUCCAUGUCGAGCACGUCGGACAUGGAAGGUCCUGGCGGCAGCUUGGAGUGUGUCCAGCAGCCUCUCCGUGGAAAUCUUGCCAAUCUCGGACCAGUUCAGCACAAGCUCCGCAUCCUCGCGAACGACGACGUUUACGAGACCACCAGACAACGCAUGUCCGUUGCCGAAGAGAAUCAUAAAAACAAAUGUGCUCGUGAGAUUAAGAUGAACCAAACAGAUAUAGGCAGGAAGGUGAAGGUGAAACAUAUGCCGGGCAGGCCAGUUCCGCCGCCUCCACCUCGCAAGGAGACUAUGUCGAUGAGGGACGCACUCACCAAGCCGUACACGGGGGGCGGUGGUGGCUUGCCUAUAAUGUCCAAUAACAAUAAAUCGUCGCCAGGAUCUCUGAACGGGCUUUCCAACGGUUUGGGUAGUAACCAGGUCAGCAGUUCGAAGCCUCAGAACAAACCGUCUAUACCGGAUAUCGCCAAAAGGCCGAUCAAAGAGCGUAUGAUCCAUAUGCUCGCGCUGAGGCCGUUCAAGAAGAUUGAGCUCUACGAUCGCCUCACAAAAGACGGUUUACGUGAGAAAAACGCAAUGAUGUCCGUGCUGAAGCAGAUCGCCUGUCUGAAGGACAACUCUUACCAUUUGAAUAGGGCCAUGUGGAACGAUGUCCACGAGGAUUGGCCUUUCUAUACUGAUUCGGAAAGACAAGUGCUCAAAAGGCGAAAGCCACAGAAUUUAACUCCGCCUGGUAGCAGUGAUGGAGGCAGCUCGGGCAGCGGCCACUCCCCUACCAGUACUCAUCCGGGAUCACCGCCGCUGCCGGUCUCUUCCGCAGUGGGGUCAUCUACGAAGAGGCCUGGCUAUUUUGACGGCGUCGACGGGUUACCCACAAAGAAGCCGCGUGUCUCACACUUCCAAAAACCAACAGAACAAACGUCCACGUAUCCGCAGAACAACAGCCAGCGUCGCACCGCCAUCGACUCUCGUGAUACCAGCAACAUGAACCCACGCAGCAGGGAAUCACCAAACACCAACGGCUACCACAACAACCAUCAUCACAAUAAUUACCAUGAGAAGCGGUCGAUCAGUGACGAAGAUGACCACCACACCACGACAACCAUCGCCACCACUACCACAAACAGCAGCGCCAUUACCACACCGCCGAGCAGGAAGCGCGAAACGCCUCCACCAGUCUCCCAUAUGCAGUUGAAUAACCACAACAACAAAUACGCCGCCAAGGAAGUACUAGUAGACAGGACGGCCGCCAACAAUGGUCUGCUUAAUGGCAGCCGCUCUAAGUUUGAGGAUGGCAAGAAGGAUCGCCACUACGGCAGCGGACGUGUUUCCUCAAGCACGCAAAACAAGAUCGCGCGCGUUAGCCCGGACAGCCAAUCAGAUAGGAUAGCGCUGCCUCCGCAAACCGACGAAUUUCCCGAUUAUGUAAAAGAAUAUACCAUUAUUAAGGACAUCGAGCAGCGUCGCCGUUACAAAACGGAUUUUAAUAAACAUUACGAGGAGUAUAAAGAACUGCAUGGCGUUGUUGAAAAAGUUUCAAAUAGAUUUACUCAACUCGAGGGCAGACUCAAGACGGAGGAUACAUCUACUGAACAAUAUAAAGAUUUGCAACGACAGAUACUGAGGGAGUAUCAAGACACCAAGAAGGAUAGAGAAGCAACACAUGCUAAAAAUCGGUUCCAGUACCUGCAUGACAAGCUGUCGCACAUAAAGCAGCUCGUCUUUGAUUACGAUCAGAUGUACACCGACCAGAUGGAUAUCAGGUACUGACAGUGGACUGCGGCCCAUUGGCCAAUGACAUAUGACCGAUCAUCAUAUAUACGUUACGGACAA